CACAAUGGCAACUGGACAACAUCUUUUGAGAGGUUGCGAGAGUAUCAGGAGCAAGCCAGGGCUGCAGGAGCUGUUCCUCGCCCUGGACACUUUCAGGCCUGAAAACACCAAUUUUGAGGCCAUGAUUUCUUUUUAUGAACAUCAUAGAUAUUUUUUUGGGAAGAUCGAAGACCUGAAAGAUUUUCUGAUUUUUUACACCAUCGAGAUCAACACCGAUGAGGAGAACAUCCCCAAGUAUUUAGUUAUGCUUGAUAAUCUGAGGAAACUGGAAGUACUCGAGGGGAUGUACUUUAUUGCGUGCCCUCUUGCGUCACCAACGACACAAGAAGGACAAAACCUGCGCAGCCAGUAUGAGGCACUGGUAAUUCUUCAUACAGCAGUAAGAUCCAAGCUGGAAGAAUUAAUGCGCAGGAUUACAGAGAAAGAAGAGGAGUUGCAGCGACUUCCUGGAACCAGCGCACAGGAGACUCCUGCUGCAGAGAUGAGAACAGCAGAGGAGAGUGCACAGGAGACACCGGGUGCAGAGCAGGAAGCAGCGGAGGAGACUCCUGCUGCAGAGGGAGAAUGCCUGACCCUUAGAAGAAGGGUCAGGAAAGCCCUCAAAAGGCGGUUCCAGAGAGUUUGGCGUGCCACUAGAAGUCUUUUCAGGGGGGGAUGCUGUCACCAACCUCCCCCUGCUCCAUAGUAUAGUUGGGGUAAGUAUGUGUUUAGAGGGGUGGGUGGUUGGCUGUGUGUUUAGAAGGGUGGCUGUGCUUGUUAAGGGGUGAGUGGGUGUGAGUAUAAGGACGUGGGUGGAUGCAUGUG